GGCGUUUGUAAGUGCUCGUGUGUGGGCCGAACCAUUUGUUCUGACUUCAUCUGAUUUGCGAACCACUGCAUCGUCGCGGCCGUAGGUGGACAACUUCAACGUCCGUAACUUGAACUCGCACACGACCAAACUCUUCAGCAGACCAUCACCAUCAUGUGCUUAUAGAACCCCGAGUCCGACGAUCCCAGCACCGUCUACUGGAUGAGCAGCAACUUCUAUCCUGCUGCGCAGCGGGUGCGCACGCCCUGACCUAACACUUCGUCGUGCCACGGACUCCUCUGUACCAACCUGAACUCGAGAAAUGGCGGCGUUAGACGACACUUUCAACCCAGCAGCGCUCACGCGGUCGGAUACAGUCGCCUCGACCACGGCCACGAAUACCGCUUCUAAAGGAGGACCUCCGGGAUCCUCGUCGAAGCCGACCAAGACAGCGCAGAAUUACCCGCGAAUCGACCUCGAACCCCUCUACGCCGAACUCAAGUCGUUGAUUGGAAAUGACUGGGAUACAUAUUACGACGCCAUCACACGGUUUAUUCGAGGGGAACUAAAUGCCCGAGAGUUCGGCGACCUUUGCGACGGCUUCAUCUACGCAUCCCCACAGACAGAACAUGCGCACAACUCCCUCGUGCUCGCAAUCCUAUGCAAUACGACUCGCGACCCGCCCGAACCAGGUCUAGCAGCAUGGGUGAGUGCAACGGCCGACAAGUCGGCGGCGACCUCGACGUCCAAGCCGGCCAUUACCAGCGAUGCGGCGGAACAGCGGCUCAAGGUGGAGGUAAUGGCUUUGCCAGCGCGAGAUAGACGGCGUCUCAAGACGGUAGCGUCAGCCAACGACAAGGCGGAAGAAGAGGCAGCGGCGCGCAGGAACUUGAACCAAUACGAGGAAUACUACAACGCGCUGCGCAUUAAAGUGCCUGAAACAGCAACCGGAACCGCAGCCGGGGGACUAAGUACCAAGACGAACUGGGAUUUGGAAAUCAGAAAGCGGUAUCUCCAGCCUCUGUUUCAGGAAACGCUCGAGUUUCCGGAUACUCAGACGAUCCAUGCGCGCAUCGUGCCCAUUUGCUACGAGGAGGCUGUGUCGUCUGGUUGUUCGAUGCAGUGUGCUGAGUUGGUGGGCAUUGCGGCCGAGACGUUUUUAAAAGGAAUACUGGGUGAGGUGUUUAACCGGACUAGAUCCAAUGGGCCGAAAUAUGAGAACAGUGCUUCAGCGGGUGGGAUUUUUACGGCUGCGUACAAGAAGAAAAUUGCGCGUGAAGAGCAACUGGUCAAAAUGGGAAAAUUGCAGAGAACCAGGGACGACGACCUUUUGCCUACGGAGUCGGAGGUCGCGUAUUCUAGGAGACCGCUGGGUAUGCCGGAUCUGCAGCUUUCGACGAAAGUCGGUCCUCUGCCGUGGAAUGCUAUGCCGUUGCUUGGUGCGACUGUGACGAAUGCCUCGGCGGGCUAUGACUAUGAGGAGUGGCGUGCGCUUCAGGAGCGAGAACAGGAACAGGGACAGCUUUCUUCUGCUACUAAUGGUGUUCAAGGGGUUGAAAAGACCGAAUCCGCGGAUCAUAUGGAUGUCGACGACACUGAGAAUUAUGGUUGGGAGGGCGCCAGUGCACAUGAUCGCUCGGGCUUGGAGUCGGUCCUGGCUGACUGUCUCGCCAUCCGUGUGUAGUCCACGUCGGAUUGGGAGAGGUAGGGUGUUGCGAUGGAUAGCGGACAUAAAAGGGUCUUUGCUCAGCUGUCUGGUUGGCCGGCAUGAAGCGACAAGCUAAGCCUUGCUAAGGCAGUCGACGUCGAUGUUUUGACCGAUCGCCCAUCGGCUGUUGGCGACUCGAGGUUUUGGACAAGACAAGACAAGCGAGAUGGGGGAAGAAAAACAAAAUAGGAUAACAUGGCGUGGGAUGCAUACCUAACGAUGGCAAUGCGAUUGGGCGGCGUUAUGGCAGGUAGGAUGGGAUGGACGCAGUGAUGUGACGAUAGGAAAACGGGACUCGGAAUGGAGCCCAUGAUACCCCCUUUUGAAAUAAUAUCUUGGAGGAUCGGAUCAUCUGACGAGAGGACUGGGGUGCUUGCAGGUGACUGGAACCGGCGUCAGUGAGGGAUGUCAUACUGGCAGGGAAGGCUGGCGUGAGUAUGGCCGUUUUCGGCCAUGAGGAUGAAGACUCGAGCUCGAGUGUUUCGUGAACGAAGAACAGGCAAGGAGAUGACAUGCUACCAUGCACUGUGUAAGAGUCUCCAGUUUCAACACGCACAAUGUCCUUGAUUACUCUGAGCAUCAUGAUCCCCGGAGCUUGAGUAGUGGAUACAGAGACUUGAACCUGCGAGACUACGAUGGCCCGCGGUCCAGAUUUCCCAAGGCAUCUAGUAAUAAUAAGUGGUCUCUUUUGUCCUCAUGUUCAAGGUCUGGCCUGUCUCUUCAAAUCCAUACCUUGUUUACGGCUUUGGUCAGAGCAAUCAUAUGCAUGUACCCUGUCUAAC